CUCAUAUUUUGCAAACAGCAACUUGCAGCUGAAGGGACGUGGCUUUUUUGGAAAGCUCCAGAACUGUGUGAUCUGUUGUCUACAUUAAUAGCAAGAACAUGUCAACCCUAGUUUUUCCCGUUGGUGCAAAUGAAGGUGAUCAAUUUACAUUGAAUGGACUUGGAAAUGGAGCCAUGCUGAAACAGAUAUGGGUGUGGGUUGGUGGCUGGCAGAUCAAAGCCAUUAAGGUCUGGCUUACCGAUGGCCGCUCCAUGCAGUGUGGUGAUCCUAGUGGGAAUCCCCAAAAAUUCAAAUUUGAAGAUGGAGAGUUUUUUGACUCUCUCUCACUCUGGGGAAAUGGAGCUGGAACACGUGCAGGUGCCAUCAAAUUCAAGACCAACAAAUCUCGAGAGUUCUUUGUACAGAUGACAUACUGGGGCCUGAAGACAGAAUACCCAAUAGAUGUUGGUUCUGGGAUCUGCAUGGGAAUUUCUGGAAAAGCUAAGGAAGAUAUUAAUUGCUUAUCUUUCAUAUUCAUUAACUACAUCGAGUCUACUGUGAUGAAGGAUGUGAAUUAUCCCACACUCUCUAUGGAGACACCCAAGGUUGUUUUUGAAGAAAUCAAAUGCAUAACUUACCACAACAAGUCUAAUACAACACAAGAAUACACAGUACAAACUUCAAGGAACAUCACCAAAAAGUCCUCCUGGUUGUUGACCAACAAGAUGGAAAUGUCUUUGAACAUGGAAGUGAAGGCAUCAAUUCUGAGUAUUGUGGAAGUAAACUCUGCAUUCAGUUUUACUCAGGGUACUGAAAGCUCAUAUGGUUUAGAGAAUUCUGAGGAGACAACCGAGCAGCUGUCUUUUACUAUUCAGGUUCCUCCAGGGAAAUUCAUGGAUGUAGACAUCACAAUCGGUCGAGUCACAUUUAAUCUCCCCUACACCGCCACCGUCCAAAUUACCUGCAGCAAUGGCUCAACCCUGGAGUAUCCUACUAAGGGAAUCUACAAGGGCGUGACCUACACCGAUGUUAAAUCAGAGGUGACAGAAUUCUCAAAUGAGCCAAAAUAG